GUUUCAGAGGAAGUGUUUCGGAAAUUGAAUCUUUUCCACGUUAAAGAUGACGCCUACGUUCUGUUGGAUAUUCCUGUUGGUGUUGGCGUUGGUGGGCUGCGCUACGAGCGUACCAAGGCCUCUCACGGUCGACGCUUGCGCCCUGCUCUGCAAUCCCGGGGCAGAGACUGAGUCCGAGCGAGAGAGGGAUGUGCGCCUAUUUCCCCGAUAUCCCAAGGUAAAUUGCAAGCUCCAGUCCCUCAGCGACGAGCAUCAGGCGUUUGCUAUUAUGAGCCACUGUUUGAAACUGUGCACUUACGAACUAUCAAUCGCGUCGGAAGUCAACUGUUUUGCUCUGAGAUCAUCCCUCCAAGCAAGUAUAGGAUGUUAUUGUGAUGCUUUAAUACCCUUGAGUCCGAACACUAUGCGCCUUCACGAAACUUGGCGGCUCAACCUUUUGGUAAAGGAGUUGGCGAGCGAUAUCAUGACUACGAUUCUCAACUCACCUCUCGACGUACUCGUCCUAUGCGAGAUCCGUGAUGAACUGUUCGAGGACACCGACAUAUCACAAGGAAAGUUCUUCACAAAAUGUUUAUACCCAGAUAGUUCAAACUCAGAUGACUCACCCGGACGAGCAAAACGAAACAUUGAAGAGAGUGAGACAGAUGCAUUGCAUCAUGAAACAUUAAUCAAUGAAUUCAAUGAUAACGUCGAAACUGUGGAACUGGAUGAAAAUAUGCAGAGGGAUGAGAACAUAGAGUCGAUACCACGACAUCAGGAGAAACGUGAGUCGCCACUUCCUGAAAAUCUAGAUUUGUCCAGAGAGAAGACUGCCGAAGAUACCUCCCACCUGGAUCAAGACAACCCAUCAUUAGGUGAACAUAGUGAAAAAAAUCAAAAUUGCCCAGAAUUGUGCAUGGCCGAUUCUGUUGAUGAAAUCUGUCAAUGUGAAACGAGUUAAAAAGCUGAACAAUUAUAAAACAUACAUAGACAAAAAUAACAGACAGGAGAGAGAGUUUACGCGAAGACCACGAAUUUUCAUAUCUUGCAUAGAUCGUCAAUUAAAUUAAUUAUUACGGAAAAGUGUUUUUCAUCGUAAUC